AUGAAAGCGAGUUACUUUACUAUGGCAACUAUGCUGUGCGCCCAGGUGCGCGGACGAACAGCGAAUGGAGUAUUUCUUCCAGCAGAGUUGGCCUACAGCUUGCCUCAGCCGUUCCAGGGUCCGGAAGCGCAAAAUGGUAACUUCAGCACCAACUUCGUGAACACGCAAACACAAAACACCUCAGUGAACCGACUCCUGAGAGACGCUCGUGCGGCGACUUACUACGCGUUCGACGAAGAGUUCUACGCCAUUCUUGGGGGACAACACCCGCCGCUUUCCGAAAUCGGUUCACAGGACCCCGGUUCUGCAUUCGAAGCUGGUGUGUGGGUACCCGAGCUCAACGAGGUCUGGUUUACCAGCAUUGGAAGUUCACCCCCUACGUAUAUCAGCAUCCUGGAUCUCGAGACCCAUAGUGUCAGGCGGCCGGAGAUUCCCGAACUUCGCGACGUCAACCCAAAUGGAGGGUAUUAUUUCAAUGGGCUAGUCUAUUUCGCAAUUGCGGGCAACGAAUCAGCGCUAGCGGGUGCAACUGGGAUAGUGUCUGUCGAUCCUAAAACAUACAAGGUGACGAGCAUUAUCAAUAGUUUCUUCGGACUCGUCAUGGUCAGCGUCGACGACCUAGCAUGGGUCAAACCGAACGCCUCUGCCGGGGCAACCUCUUGUGCCGUGCCGGGGGAAUACAACCUGUUCUUCUCAUCAUUCGACUUCGGAUCCGAGGGGGUGUUGGGAUUUGCGCCCACUGUGCUACCGAAUGCUGUGUGGCGGUUCUCCCCGCAGACAAAAUCCUUGCAGGGGGUGAUAUCGCGCGCGGAUAUCCUAAAGCCCAAUGGUCUGCGGACCGACCCAACUGGAUCGUACCUCUACGUUACAGAUGCUGCCUUUCCGUUUAAUGUUGGUGGCGGAGCGAAUAGCUCUGGUUCUGGGGCCAUCUACCGUUAUGAUCUCGACCGCUUCUGCACCCCGGUGAACAAACAGAUGGUGGCAAUUGUCCGCAGUUAUGCCGAUGGAAUGCACAUAGAUGACUACGGGCGCAUUUGGACGGCGGAAUAUGACGGGGUUAUUGUCAGAGAUCCUCGCGGAAAGGUAUUGGGUGUCUUCAAUGCCGAAGCCCUACUCGGCGUCGAGAUUGCUCCUAUUGCAAACUUCGCGCUCGCUGGCGACAAACUUGUGAUUUUGGCUGUAGAUCGGAUCUAUAUUAUUGAACUUGGUCAGAAUGUGACCACGCCAGAAAGGUUCUCUAUACCGUGA